AUGCCUAUCGCCCAAGAGACCACUGUGGUGCCACAAGGCGCUACCCCCCGUUUGGGGGCCAUCAAGGAGAAGAAGGGUGUGCCGCCUCUCAGGACGGCUGCGGCUACCGGACCCUACAUCAUCGACAUCCGCCACGCGGUGGUCGAGAUCAACCUCAAGGCCGAGGUGCUCGCCCAGUUCCGCGCGAGGGAUGGCCCCAGGAAGCUCCCCACCCUCCUGCUCUAUGAUGAAAACGGCCUGCAGCUGUUCGAGAAGAUCACUUACCUGGAGGAGUACUACUUGACCAAUGACGAGAUCGCCGUGCUCAAGUCAUAUGCCGCCGACAUCGUCAAGUACAUUCCGUCGGGGGCCAUGGUCAUCGAGCUCGGCAGUGGCAAUCUCCGGAAAGUGAACCUGCUGCUGCAGGCACUCGAAGACGCCGCCAAGGACAUCGACUACUACGCAUUGGACCUCUCCCAGCAGGAGUUGGAGCGCACCCUUGCUCAGCUGCCCCCUUACAAGCACGUCCGUGCCCACGGCUUGCUCGGCACCUACGAUGACGGCCGGCUCUGGCUCAAAGACCCGACCAUUGCUACGCGGCAGAAGUGUAUUCUGAGCCUCGGCUCCAGCGUUGGCAACUUUGAUCGACGCGAGGCUGGAGCCUUCCUCAAGUCCUUCGCCGACGUCCUCGGUCCUGAUGACACCAUGCUAAUUGGCCUGGACGCAUGCGACGACCCGGCCAAAGUAUACCACGCGUACAACGACAAGGAGGGCAUCACCCAUGAAUUCAUUCUGAACGGCCUCCGCCACGCGAACAGGAUUCUGGGCGAGAACGCCUUCGUUGAGAAGGACUGGCGGGUCAUUGGCCAGUAUGUGUACGAUGCCGAAGGUGGCCGGCACCAGGCCUUUUACGCCCCCGUGCGCGAGACCAUCGUCAUGGGAGAGAGGAUUCGACCCCACGACCGAAUCCAGGUCGAACAGAGCCUGAAGUACUCGGCAGCCGAAGCCGAAGAGCUCUGGAGGCGGGCCGGUAUGACCGAGAUUGCCCAGUGGAGGCACCUCAAGGAAUACGGUCUUCAUAUGCUUGCCAGGCCGAGAAUGGCCUUCAGCCUGACUCCGUCGGUCUACGCGCGGACGGCCCUCCCGUCUAUGCGGGACUGGGAGGGCUUGUGGGCGGCCUGGGACGUUGUCACCCGGGACAUGCUCCCGCCAGAGGAGAUACUGGAGAAACCCAUCAAGCUCCGCAACGCCUGCAUCUUCUACCUGGGCCACAUCCCCACCUUUCUCGACAUCCAGCUGACAAAGACGACCAAGCAACCGCCCACUGACCCUGCCUACUACUACGGCAUCUUUGAGCGCGGCAUCGACCCCGACGUCGACAACCCGGAGCUCUGCCACGCCCACUCGGAGAUCCCCGACGAGUGGCCCCCCGUCGAUGAGAUCCGAGCCUACCAGGGCCGCGUGCGUGCCCGGCUCCAGAGCCUCUAUGCGGCCGGCAUCGACGCGAUUCCGCGCCACGUGGGGAGGGCCAUCUGGGUCGGGUUCGAGCACGAGGCCAUGCACCUCGAGACGCUGCUCUACAUGAUGCUGCAGAGCGACCGCACCCGCCCCCCGCCCCGCAUCCCGGCUCCCGACUUUGAGAGCCUCGCCGCCAAGGCCCGCUCCGAGAGGGUGCCCAACCAGUGGUUCGACAUUCCCGAGCAGGAGGUCGUCAUCGGCCUGGAUGACCCCGAGGACGGGACUGACCCGCAUGCUCCCUAUGGCUGGGACAAUGAGAAACCGCUGAGGCGCGUCAAGGUCCACGCCUUCCAGGCCCAGGGCAGGCCGAUCAGCAACGAAGAGUAUGCCCGAUACCUGUACAAUACUCGCACCACCAAGAUCCCAGCUUCGUGGGCACAGAUCCCGGGCGGGACGGUGAAGACCAGCGACGAGACGGCAGCAGCAGGAGGCGGCACCGAUUCCGCGGAGGCUAAUAACAACAAUAAUGAGAACGGUCGCACCAACAGCCACAGCCUUGCCAACGGCGUCGCCCUUCCCGAGUCCUUCCUCGAUGACAAGGCCGUCCGCACCGUCUACGGGCUGGUGCCCCUGAAGCACGCCCUCGACUGGCCGGUGUUUGCGUCGUACGACGAGUUGGCGGGUUGUGCCGCAUGGAUGGGCGGCCGCAUCCCCACCUUUGAGGAAGUGCGCAGCAUCUACAAGCAUGCGGAAGCCCUCAAGAAGGAGCAGGCCGAGAACCAGCUCAGCCAGACCGUCCCGGCCGUGAACGGCCAUCUCACCAACAACGGUGUCGAGAUCUCGCCUCCGGCCACCCCUCCGGGCAGCACCGACGCCGGCUCUGAAGCUGAUUCUAGGGACCGCCGCCUCUCGCAGGAAGACCUCUUUAUCGAUCUCAACGGCGCGAAUGUGAGCUUCAGCCACUGGCACCCUACCCCCGUGACGUCGCGGGGCAACCAGCUGGCGGGCCAGUCGGACGCGGGCGGCGUGUGGGAGUGGACCAGCAGCGUGCUGCGGCCGUGGGACGAGUUCCAAGCCAUGUCGCUGUACCCGGGCUACACGGCCGACUUCUUUGACGAGAAGCACAACAUGGUGCUGGGCGGGUCGUGGGCGACACACCCACGCCUUGCGGGGAGGAAGAGCUUCGUCAACUGGUACCAGCGCAACUACCCUUAUGCCUGGAUCGGCGCAAGGCUUGUGCGGGAUGUCGAGUAAGUGCUGGGUUUAAUGGUGUCGAGGGAGCCCCAGCAGGAACAAGAGCUUGGGAGAUUGUGUGGCUGGGAACGUACUCUCUGGCUCUUGCGACGGAUGAAGUAUAGCUUUACUCUAUUUGCAAGGCUGUUCCCCCCCACGGCCGAAACACGAAGCAUCGGAAGAAACGGUGACUUUCUUUCUAG